AUGAAAUAUAAAAGACUUAAAAUAAUAUCCUUGCUAACCAAAGCAUUUGAACAGUUACUUAAAACUGAAACGGAUUAUAAUGUUAUCAUUUACGCUGGAAAAAUACAUGAUUCUAAGGAAUUUCAUGCUCAUUCUAAUAUCUUACGAUGUAAAUCAAAAUAUUUCGAUAAUAUAAUUUCCGAUAAAAAUAUUGAGAAAAAAGAUGAAAAAUAUGUAAUUUAUAAACUGAACAUUUCUCCUCAAGUUUUUGACGUUAUUCUUAAAUAUCUUUAUGCUGAUUAUGUUUAUAUCACAGACAAAAUUGGAACUGAACUUUUAAAUAUUAUAAUCGCUUCAGAUGAAUUAAAUUUAGAAAAUUUAACUAGGUUUACUAAAGAUUAUAUUGUUAAAACAUCGCCAAUUAUUACAAAAUGA